UGUGUGAUGCUGGUCUCAAGGGUGUAGCUCACACACUGCAGUAGAAGGUAGGGCUUGGCUGCUGCAAUACAAUGAGCUGAAAGAUGGUGCACCAGGAAAAAUGUGUUUACCAGGCCCAGAGGAAUGAGAGGGAGUCCAUUAGGCAAAAGCUGGCCCUUGGCAGUUUCUAUGACGACGGACCGGUUACCUUUACUGGCUGCAGCAAGAGCAGCAAAACCUGCCUGUCCUCACGGCUUCAGAAUGGGGUGAAUCUACAGAUGUGCUUUGUGAAUGACAGCAGCAGUGACAGGGACAGUGAUGCAGAGGACAGCAGAACAGAGACCAGCUUGGACACCCCAUUGUCACCUAUGAGUAAACAGAGUUCCUCACUCUCUGACCGGGAUACAGGAGAAGAAGACCUGGACUCAGAGGAUUCAGAAUUCUGGCGGCUACAGCGGCGGCUGCAGGAGGAGGCCCGUGUGGCUCUGGCGUUGGCCCGUCCCAUGGCCCGCAUGCAGGUGGAGGUGGAGAGACAGAUUCAGCUACACCGCAGGUCCCCCGUGGCAGACCUGUUACCACAUCUGCCACACAUCAGUGAGAGCCUAAUGAAGAGGAAUCUGAGGCCUGUGGACCUGAGGGACAUGAGUCUUGGACAGUUACAGGUCAUCACCAAUGACCUACACUCUCAGAUACAAGGUCUGAAUGAGGAACUGGUUCAGCUGUUGCUCAUGAGAGAUGAACUACACAUGGAACAGGAUGCCAUGCUGGUAGAUGUGGAGGAUCUAACCAGGCAUGCACAUAGCCAGCAGAGGCACAUGAUGGAGAAGUCCCUAGCCAAAGCAAAAGCAUCUUGCCAUGGUCGCUGUGGUUCUCCAUUUUGAGUCAAACAGCAGGGUCCAACCACUUGUUUCACUAUACAAUGAAGCAGUGUACUCACGAUAGAUCCUUUUUAUAGAUGUGUGUUUUUGCCUAUGUUCCAAGCUUUGUGUGGAUGUAUGUUAAUUAUACAUGCUGUACGUGUUCAUGCAUGCCCGCACCUUAGCUGAGGGUUACACACUCCCCUCUGAGAAAAUCCUGUUGAUCCUUUAUUAUGUAUAAAUAAAGAAAGAAUCAUCAAUCACUGACAGGCUGGAUCUUCUCCCGUGCGAAAUAUCUGCUGGUUUCAUCAUACUGAACAGACCAUAAUAGGAAACAACUCUAGUAGAAGGCUGGUUCACCCCAAAAGUCAUGUAAUUCAAACCCUUUUUGAAGAUUUUCAAUGAAUGUUUCGGAAACGUUUUGUCCAUGCGAUGAAAGUCGAUGGGGAUGCAAAUCAACAUUAGACCCCAGUGACUUUCAUUUUUGAAAUAUGUGGUUUUCCUCAGAUGAAGGAAAUGCAUCCAGGCAUCUCAGCUAGUAAACUGCUUCUCUGUGCAGAUUAUUACUGGAUUCGCUUAUCAACCUUCUGCAAUAUCUCUCUUUAGGGAUGAAUACGUUUACUCUAGUUUACUCUGACGCAGUGUUUGCACUGGCUGAUGUGCUGUGCAUGGAGCUCUCCUAACUUAAACAUAACCAAAAGGGAAUAUUAGGGUGAUGUUAAUGUUAUAUUUGUUUGACACUGCCUGGUGUGGUGGUAUUUGAUUCUUGUGUUCACAAUGAACUAUUAACGUUAGUCUUUUAAUAAUGUCGAUUUUAUUUACAUUUUCAUCCAAAUGUUGCAUUUGCUGUUUCACAGCUGUGGAUGACAGCAUGGUUGAAUUGCUGUAUGUAUUUGUGCACAGAACUGUGAAUGGAAAUUAGGAACAAAUAAAUGACCUAAUAUGUGCCAGUAUGACAUGUAACGGUUUUCUUCUUAAGUUCCAACUGUUCUGCAGAGUCACAAGAUGAAGCGCCAAACAAGUGUCAUUGUGGUCUGUAUUAGGUCAGUCCCACAAACGAAACCUGUACAAAUGAAAAAUGCAAUAAAUAAAAAUAACAGUGUGAAAAAAGUA